ACGAAUUCAUCUAGAUGCAUUCACGAAAUAUUUAUCGCAAUGGAAUUGACUUUGCUGAACUUUCGGCUGUGUACCCGCCUUUGAGGAAGUACAUCGACAAGGCUUCUAGCCCGCACAAAACAAUUGAUUUCAAAGAUCAGGAUGCCCAGAGAUGCUUAACUGAAGCCUUGCUUCACCGUGAUUUCAAGCUGAAGAUACGUCUUCCGCCUGACAGACUUUGUCCUCCCGUCCCAAAUAGACUCAACUAUAUCCUGUGGCUCCAAGAUAUCACCUUUGCCUCGCGCUACAUGGACGAACCUAAUACGCAGUCGAGCGUUCUGGGCAUCGACAUAGGUACAGGCGCUUCAGCUAUCUAUCCACUAUUGGCAUGUUCGUUGGAGAAAUCAUGGGAAUUUGUCGUUUCCGAGAUCGAUCCAUCUUCAUUCGUAACUGCCAGGCAGAAUAUUUCAACCAACAAACUUGGUGACCGCAUCCAAAUCGUACAAUCUCAUGCAACUUCGCCGAUUCUCCUACCUUUGCACCUUGAUAAAGAAAGAAGAUUCGAUUUCACUAUGUGCAACCCGCCAUUCUACAGCAGCCUCCAGGAGGUCCUUCAAUCAGCUGAGGCCAAACAAUAUCGACCGAACGCCGUUUGCACUGGCGCAGAAAUUGAGAUGAUCACCUCUGGGGGUGAAUCCGCAUUCGUCGGCAAAAUGGUCAUAGAAAGCUUGGACAUUCGGGAAAGAUGCAAAUGGUAUACUUCAAUGCUUGGGAAAUUGUCAUCAGUGACAGAAGUGGUGGAUAUACUGAAAUCCCACUCAAUCGAUAACUACAUCAUUACGGAGUUUGUGCAGGGCCAGACUCGCCGCUGGGCUGUGGGCUGGUCAUUUUCCGAUACACGAUUACCAGAUACCAUCUCCCGUAUCCAGAAUCCGAAUCCAACCAUAUCGAAAUACCUACCUGCUCACAAUACGAUACUACAGCCUGUAGUAUCUGUCUCCAGAGGAUCGUUAUACGAAAGACUUUCAAGUAUACUGUCUUCCGUUGCCCAUAUUCAUAUUCGAUCCCAGAGUGCUCUCAGUGUAGGAGCCCCCGCUGAGACCAAUGGCAUUCGUCCCGAGCCGAAUUUUGGAUACCUCGUAUCCGUUCAGGAAAACACCUGGUCACGAAGUGCUCGUCGACGCAAAACGCGACGUGUUGAUGACUUGGAAUCAAACGUAGGGUUUGACCGUCAAAACACUGUCGCAGCUUCUGGUGGUGAACGACUAGCUUCAUCACAUAUGGCUUGUUCUAUAAUGGUUAAAGAGUCUUUCAAGAAUACGAAUUUUGCUUUUGGAGCAAAAGAAGAUCAGGAUUCAAGUUUGCAGGAUUUCAUCGUCGAGUUCACUUGGAGAAAAGGACAAGUUCGAGAGCUGUUCGAUAGUUUUUGUAGUCAUGUCAGUAGGAAGGUCGUCUCUUCAACAUGGUCUUAGCACUUGCUAUGCACCGGUGAAUGAUGUUCGUGUUGUGGGGCCUGCGGAAAUAUAUCCUCUCUGUUACUGUUUUUUUUAAAUUGUCGCUUGUUACUAUUGCCCCCCUAGAAGUGGGAGGAAGUGGGUCACACUGGGAUGUGAGUCAUUUGGGUGUUCUAGGCUCUAGUACUUAUCUUGACCAGUAACUUCGAUGUAUGUUAUGUACAGUAACAUCGAGCAAUGCUCUCGGCACGAUUCCAGUGUAAAUGAGGAG